AUGGCAACUUUCCCAAAGCACGAAUACACCCUCCGUCUCGGUAGUCUUGCCCCCAACUUUGACGCUGAAACUACCAUCGGCCCAAUCAACUUCCACGAAUGGCUCGGUGAUUCAUGGGGAAUUCUCUUCUCCCAUCCUGGCGAUUUUACUCCUGUCUGCACUACUGAGCUCGGUGAAGUCGCACGUCGUGCCCCCGAUUUUGCCAAUCGCAAUGUCAAAGUCAUUGGUAUCUCUGCCAAUAACCUCGACGACCACAAGAAAUGGAUCGACGACAUCAACUCUUAUGGCGGCAAGGUUGGACCCACCGAUGUCCAGUUCCCCAUCAUCGCCGAUGCGGACCGGAAAGUGUCGUAUAUUUAUGACAUGUUGGACUAUCAGGAUGCGACAAACAAGGACCUCAAGGGCUUGCCGUUCACGAUUCGCACUGUCUUUGUUAUCGACCCCAAGAAGGUUAUCCGUCUGACGCUUUCUUACCCCGCUGUUGCCGGACGUAACUUUGUGAGUUCAAAAAUGUUUAGCAAGACGUUAGCUGACUUUCCAAGGAUGAGAUCAUUCGGGCUGUGGAUGCCAUCCAGCUUGGAGACAAACAUCGGGUUGCAACUGGCGAGUUUGAUUUCUGCUUUCCGCGUCUCCAUUUCUUAUCCUCCUUUUUUUUCAGGUGUGAACUGGAAGCCAGGAGAUGACGUUAUCGUUCACGCCAGCGUUGGCAAAGAGGAGGCGAAGACUUUGUUCCCCGACCAUGUCGAGCAUUUGCCUUACCUGCGGACCACCCCUCACCCCAAAAUCCAAUAUCACGUGCCUAGAAUUUUUUCUGCCUUGCCAAUCAUGGCAAUUCCUGCUCUCCCUUCCUCGUACACGCCGCCUGCGUCUACCUCCAAGCUUAGUCCGCCUGCUUCUCAGCCCUCUGGAAAACUGCUAGCUGCGGGGCCUGCUUAUUUCAGCUAUGUUCGGCUUAUGCAUGAACACGACGGCGACGUUCAUGCGGCAAAUGCUGCUGCCCGUAAACUCGCGGAAGAGUCUGCUAUAGCCAGAGCCAAUGGCUCGGCUGAUGAUGAUGAUCUGGGAGUCGGUGAUGAAAGUGAGGAUGAGGCUUUGCUUUCACUCGAUCCCAAAGAGUGGAAAAAACAAGACAACUAUCGUGUUUUGGGUCUCAGUCAUCUUCGCUGGCGCGCUACUCCAGACCAAAUCAAGGUUGCACACCGCAAAAAAGUCCUUCGUCACCAUCCAGACAAAAAGGCCCAGGACCACACGGCGGCAUCGUCGCUCGGCGUCACGUUCAAUACCAAUGAUGAUGCGUUCUUCAAGUGCAUCCAGAAAGCCCACGAAGUCCUGAUGAACCCGGAACGCCGUCGACAAUUCGAUUCUGGAAAAAAUGUGCGACCGUUCCUUCCUACAUUCGCGCCAAUUUUCGAACGCGAAUCCCGCUUCUCGCGUGUACAACCCGUCCCUUCUCUUGGGGUGCCCACUGCGGAUGGCCAACCCUCUAAGGAUCCCAACGAUAUCGAAGGCCACGAGUUUCCUCAAGUCAAAGCACAUGUGGAAGCAUUCUACGACUUUUGGUACAACUUUGAUUCUUGGCGGAGCUUUGAGUGGCUGGACAAGGAAGUCAACGAGGGUAGCGAUGCCCGCGAUGAUAAGCGCUACACGGAGAAGAAGAACAAGGCCGAGCGCGCUCGCAGAAAGAAGGAAGAUAUUGCCCGUGUUCGGGGCAUCGUUGACUUGUGUCUGAGUGUCGAUCCAAGAAUCAAGUAUAUCAAGCAGCAAGAGAAGGAGGCUCGUGAGGCAAAGAAGGCUGGCGGGAAAAAACCAAAUUCACCAGCGGCAGCCAAGAAAGCAGAAGAGGAGGCACAGAAAAAGGCAGAGGCGGAGGCUAAGAAGAUAAAAGAUGAAGAAGAGGCACUUGCCAAAGCCGAGGCAAAGAAGGCCAAGGCUGCUGCAGCAAAUGCCGCCAAAAAGGCCCGUAGAGCAGCUAGAGCUGCUGAGGAAGCGUAA